AUGAGUGACUUCUGGUUAACUCUGCGUCUCAAAAAGCGUUGGGGCUUUGUCAUCUAUCGCACAGACUACUCCUCUGAAGCAGACUGGAACAAGUUUCUUACCAUGUAUGAAGCUUUCUCCAACCACGGUCUUCCGUCGUCAAAUUUCGAAGACGGCCGCGACGCAAAGUCUUGGAAGCAUAUGUACUGGCAAAACGACAAAUCUCAAUUCGACAACGCCACCCUUGCACAACUCCGUCAACACUUCCGAGAAUGGGUGGCCUCCCAAACCUUUGGAGGACAGCUGGAAUGGCCGGAAUCUUAUAUGUUCAUGGUUGUCGACAAGGAAGUUCUGGAUAACAUACGUCCGCAGAAGCUAGAGUGGGAUUAUUCAGUUCGAGACGAGGAGCCUUACCUUAAGGCCAUAGACAGAGACUGUCCACACGAGAAUGAGGAUUAUCCGGGUUGGAUGAAAGUGCCUUUGGUUUAUUUGUAUCAUGUGUACCGGAAGGCCUUGAAGCUUGGAAGUAUGAGGGGUCUCUGUCUGCGGGAAUCAGACUGGUUCGAAAGUGAAACGGUAUCAGAUGAAGAGACGUAUCUGGAAGAAGACGAAUCUGACACGAGUCUGGGUUGGGGAGCGAGUUCUGAAGCAGUUGAGACGGCUUAUGGAAUUUAG